AUGCCUUGCUGGUACUACGAGAAGAAAGACUUUUUAAAUACUCCUUCCGUGAAACAGGGCAUGUCUCCAGAGGAAGAAAGUAAAUGCAGAAAAGAUGGAGCCAAAUUUAUUAUUGCUGCUUGUACCAAAUUGGGAUUAAAUAUUGUCACUUGUGCCACUGGAGUUGUGUUAUUUCACAGAUUUUACAUGUUCCGAUCGUUCACCGAAUUCCCAAAAUAUAUCACAGCUGUCUGUUGUUUGUACUUGGCUGGGAAAGUGGAAGAAACUCCAAAAAAAUGCAAAGAUCUAAUAGAGGUUACAAAAAACUUGUUGACUGAGGCUCAGUUUGCAACAUUUGGGGAAGAUCCAAAGGAAGAGAUCACAACUUUAGAACAAAUUGUCUUGCAAACUGUUAAAAUUGAUUUUGUGAUAGAGCAUCCGUAUACUUAUUUGGUGAAAUUUGCCAAACUGAUAAAAGGGGAUAAAGAUAGAAUUCAGAGCCUUCUACAAAUCGCGUGGACUUUAAAUAAUGACAGCCUCUGCACAACCUUAUCACUACAAUGGGAGCCCGAUGUAAUCGCAGUUUCGCUCAUGUAUUUAGCCUGCAGAAUCAGUAAAUUUGAAAUCAUGGAUUGGCAUGGAAAGCCACUUGGAUUCAGAGGAAAGUGGUACAACUUUUUUGUUGAAGAUGUUUCCCUGGAUUUGUUAGAAGAUAUAUGCCAUCAAGUCCUAGAUAACUUUUGCAAGGCCCCUCAGAGUAGUGGCCAUGUGCUCCCUACAACCAAGCCAGCAAAAUCAAAAUCUAAAGUUAGCUCAUAG